AUGCACGAUCUGAAACUUGAGCAGCCAAUCUUUGGAGCCAACUACAUCAAAGGACAAGUGAACGAUGCUCAGACGAGUAACAGCGUCGUUUUCAAGCUAAAGUUCAACAGUGGUGGUGCCAUUGAGUAUGGCCAGGCUUUGCAAAGUGCUGCUCGAGUUACGCGAAACAAUGCGGCUCAAAAUGCUUUCACGCCGCCUCCAGCAUACACUGCAUCGGCUGCACAAUACUACCAGGCACCGCCAAAUGUUUAUCAGCCGGCCUACAAUUGUGGUUUCGUUUUGCCUACGGACGUCUUUAACCAGCCACCACCGGCCGGGUUUGUCUAUACAUCCGAAGCGCCGCCUCCGUAUCCUGGGCUUGCACCAGUUCCGGCUCCUGGAGCUAAUUAUCCACCUGGAGGUCAGCCUGGAGGGUACCAGCCAGCUAAUUAUCCGCCAGCAAAUGGCUAUCCUCCAUCUCAAGCUGGUGGUUAUCCACCGGCUCAGUCUGGAGGAUAUCCGCCUGGUCCAUACCCUCCUCAAGAAGGUUAUCCGCCAACCCAGCCCGGAUAUCCUUCAGCUGGGGCUGCCUAUCCGCCCACUCAAAUUGGGUUUGCUGCUGACAUUAUGGGCGGUGGUGCGUAUCAGCAGACAGCUCCUCCUGCUUAUCCCGGUUAUCCUCCUGCUUCAAGUGGUUACACCCCAGCUUCGUACCCAGCAAAUGGCUACCCGAAUGCCUCGGCUCCAAGCGCUCCCGGCUAUCCCGAUAAGAAAUCGCAAUAA